AUGGAUAAGAUAAUUAUAGGUUUGCUAGCCAGUAGCCAUCCUGAAAGCACGAAGAUUAUACUUCUGGAGAGGUUGCGGGAACAUAUUAGUAAACUUGAUGAAACGGAUUUUUUUAAAGAUGUUGUUUUCACUUGUAUUCAGAAUAUGCACAGUAGAAAUGAUUACUCUCAGUUAUAUAUGAGUGUAGUUUGUGAUCUAUUAUUUUCGAUUGAAUCCCAUUUGUCAGAUAAUUCUACAAUUCAUCUUUCUCAGCAGAUCACAAGUUCCUUCACCCCACUUGCUUUAAAUUCAUUUCCAGAAGCUUUGUCUACAUUCAUAAAAAAGAUUCUUAAGCGCCAUUCGAUGAUAUUUAUCCAGUUGUCCUUGGAAAAUCCUGGAUGUCUGUCGACUUUAUCUUCUGGGCUUCAAAUUGUUUUGGAUUACAAUCUUCUGAACGAUAACAAACAAUUGUACUUUCUUAUUCAGCACGCUCUUGUCAAGUCGUCAUUGCAUAAGUCAACUUCCUAUGAUCUCUGUGAUGAUAUGUACUUGACCUUUGUAUCUAAUAUUUUUCAAGUUUUGGUAACUUUAUCUUCCCAGUUCCCCUCCGGGAAUUUUCCAUCCUAUUCAUUUGAUAUUGAACUUGUUGAGUCCAUCGCACGAUCGGUAAUCACGUUUGUUACAGAGCCAAAACUUAGCAGUUACCAGUCCAACACAUGUAUACUGACUGAACGUCUCACUUCUUUGGUUCAGGAUGUUUUAGUCAGUUCCAGUUAUGAUUGCCAUUACAUUUCCGUCGCUUCCAUGUUGUCUGAACUUCAGGAGUUUUGCUCAGACGAUUCAUUGUUGUCGGAAACUAUUUGUAGAUUUAUCGAUCAACUUGGUCAACGUCAUAUCACCAACAUUGAGACAUGUUUUACGGUAUUGCGUCGUCUAACUUUGUGGCUCACUUGGUCUGAACUGGCUACUUAUCGGUCUUCUCUAGACCUCUGGCUUAUUGGAUUUCAGUGCGAAAUGUUCAAAAAGUUUCCUCCUACUGGGUCACAGUCUUUAACCAACUAUUGGUCAGAUUUCAUGUGUUGGCAAUUCAAAUUUGUCUUAGAACUCAUGGGCCGUUUGUCGCUUCCACAUGAUUCAACUGUAUAUGCUUUGGCCUUUUUCAUUCUCAGUGGCGAUGACAAGCAUGAUCAAUAUGCGGAUGAUAUAGUCUCACACCUAGCACCUGUUCUGAGCAAACUGCUUAGUAUGUAUGUUGACGACCCAUUAAAUGAAGAAUGCAAAGAUAUUCUGCUUAAAAUGUACACAAUUUCACGCUUACUUGAUCCUCUAGUUAUUUCUACUGGUAAUGAUUUAUCAAGAACAUGUAUACAGAAGAAGCAUCUAGUUACUUUGCUAGGUAAAUUUCAUAGCCAGUUCAACGACGAAAACAGUCCUGAGAUUUGGAGUACGCGAACAAAAAUAUAUAAAUUGGAGUUUCUAACAAAGUUUGGGCCUCAAGCUGGAAUUCGUAUUCGAAAAAUAUGGGAGCGUUGGAAUUUAACUUCAACAAUCCGACUAGUUAGUAUACAUCCAACAACUGUGAAAACAAACCGUUCAGUUGCUGGUUAUAAAGGUAUAUUAAACGUUGGAAAUACGUGUUAUGCAAAUGCAGCUCUGCAAUUACUUUAUCACUGCUCCGAGUUUCGUCGGGCCUUAUUUGGAUUUCACAAAGCUUAUUCAUCGACUGGCACAGUUAUGGCAUCUUGCACCUCGUUUUCAAACAAAAUUGACUUUGUUUUGCCAAGCCAAAAUUCAAACCCAGUGAAUAAUCUCAGUUUGUCAGUCUCAGAUUUGCAUGAAAAUGUACGCUCGUCAGAUAAUGUAACGUCAUCAGUUGAACAUCAGGGUAUUUUACAUGCUCAUCUAUUUUCGCUUUUCCAGUCACUCGAUACACAUCAACUCCCAACUGUCCGUGACAUACGAGCUGUACUUACACUUACUAAACCAGCACAUUUUGUAUCUGGUGAACAACAAGAUGCAGCUGAAUAUUUAAACUACUUAUUGGAUCGAUUACAUGAAGAAGAGUUAUGUUGUAAAAAACAACAAAGUCUCUCUCUCGAUUCAUAUUGCAAUUCAUCAACUUUUACGGCUGAUCGAUAUAUUCAACCUACAAUGAACGCGGAUUCCAAACCAAAUCCAUCUUGUUCUUACAGUACAAAUAAACAGUCCUGUUCAACUGACUCUAUACAGAACCUUGGUGAAAACACCUUAAAUGACGACUCUGGUCUAUCAUCAUCGUCAGCAGUUGCGCGUCUUUUUGGAGGUACUAUGUUAAGGCACACUUCUUGUGUAGAGUGUCAAUAUGUCUCCAGUUCUAGACAAGAACAAUUUAUUUGUCUAUACGUUCCACUAACUAAACCACAGGAGUUGCUGUAUCAAGACCAGGCACCUAGUGAAAACCCAAGUUUUGUUACCAAGAUUCCUGUAUCCAAUGAUUCGGAACUAGUGGAAGAAGAAAUUACCGAGCCUGGAACAGAUUUAUCUACUCUAAUACAAACACAUUUUACUAGAAUUGAACAUGUUGCUUCAUCAACAAAAUGUGAAUCAUGUGGUAAACACACGGUUCAAGCUAGAUCCUUAAAAUUACAGCAGCUUUCGUCACAUGUGUUGAUUUGUUUAAAUGUUUUUAAAUAUUCUCGAGUUAAUCAAACAUGUUCAAAAAUUAUGCAUCGUGUCCAUAUACCAGAACGCUUAUCAGUUACAGUAUCAUCUUCAAACACAGAAACCUAUACAUACAACGAUAUCUCUGCAACAAAUGAUUCUGCUAAAUCUAAAUUCACUUCCAGAACUUAUAGUCUACAAGCAAUGAUUUUGCAUAGUGGCUUAUCGGAGACGCAGGAACGAAUGUAA